UUAUUGACGUUGCACUGUCUUCCUAUUAAAGCUCCUAUAACUCUGUUCUGGCGAAAAUGGCCGGGAGGUGUUUGCUCCAAAGAUUAGGCCACCGAAGUAGCCAUGUUUCUACACUUCUCCAAGGCAUGGAGCUUGAGCAUGGUCUAUCCUUGCAGGCGACCUGCUGGGAGCGCUGCCUCAGCGGCGCCAGCGCCAGCACCAGCACUUCCGGCACCGGCUUGGGCUGGGCCAUGACCGGGACCGCGGCGACCCGCCAGCACAGCACCACAUCCUGCAGCUCCAUGCACUGGAUCUCCAGCAGCACAGGCGCAGCGGCGCCAGCCGCUGACGCGGCGUUGCCACAGGCGACGCCCCGGGGACCCCGCCUCGCACCCGGGUUUGCGCGCACCUUCGCCUCAGCCGCGGCCGCCGCCAGCCCCGCGGCCGCCAGCGUAGCAGUAGACUCCGGGUCAGCGGCCGGCACCGGCGUGACGGCGGCGGCGGCGGUGCCGUGGCCUUGGGUGGACCCCAGCCGGCCUCAGGUGCUGCCGGCGGCAGUGCGCAAGGGCCGGCGGGCGGCGGUGCCGCUGGCAACGGCGCUGCAGCAGCUGCUGGACCCACUGACGCCCGGGCAGCGCAAGAGCCACAGCCUGGAGGUGUUUGUGCGCUUCGGCCUGGACCCACGCCGCUCCGACCACCUGGUGCGCGGCAGUGUGGUGCUGCCGUACGGCACGGGGCGCCGCGUGCGCAUCGUGGUGUUCGCCAAGGGGGCGGACGCGGACGUGGCGCGGGAGGAGGGCGUGGACAUCAUCGGUGACGAGGAGCUGAUUGCCGCCAUCGUGUCCAGCGAGGGCGCCGCCAUCGCCUUCGACCGCCUCAUCGCCACGCCCGACUUCAUGCGGCCGCUGGCGCGCGCCGGCAAGGUGCUGGGGCCCAAGGGCCUCAUGCCCAACCCCAAGAUGGGCACGCUGACCAGCGACGUGGCUCGCGCCAUCCGUGAGACCCGCCGCGGCCGCCUGGACUUCCGGCUGGGGCGCGACGGCGCGGUGCGGGCGGCGCUGGGCCGCUGCGGCAUGCCGGCGGAGCAGCUGGCCGCCAACAUCGGCGGCCUGGUGGCGAGCCUGCUGGAGAACAAGCCCAAGGCUGUUGGCGGCCCGCCCGCUGUGGCUGCCGCGGCGGCGGCUGGCGGCACAGCAGCGGCAGCACCGGGCGCGGCCGCUGCGGGCAUCCCGCCCCCGGGCUCUUUGGACGGCUAUGUGCGCACCUUCCUGCUCAAGACCACCGGCUCGGCGCCCGUGGCCGUGUCGCUGGACUCCCUGCUGGAGGCGGUGGGGCCCUACAGGCAGCUGGUGGGCGCGGCGGCGGCGGCGGAGGCGGCGGCGGCUGACGGCAGCGGUGGUGGUGGCGGUGGUGGUGGCGCGGGGGAGACGCAGGGGCAGGCGAAGCAGUAGGCGGAUGAGCGAGGAGCGGAGGGGUGCGAGGAGGGGAGGCUAUGCAGCAGGGGAAGAUGUGGGAGCAAGGGGGUUUGUAAGUGCCAGCUCAAGGGGGGGAGAGCAGCGGAGGGGCGUUGCGGCGUGCUGCGUGCUGCGUGUGGAGCUGGUGUGGAGAUGUACUGGUGGCGGUUGAGGGGUGCUGUGCUGCGGGCAGGUUCGGCUGGGUCUGGAACAAGACACUUUGCGACGGUUGAGGUGAAAAGGUGUGACGCUGUGUCUAUCACGCCAGGCAGUGCAUCGGCGCUACGUGCGGCGCACUGGGUUUCUCAGAAACAAGGGUUUCCAAAGCAGGGCCGUGUCGCACGGACACAAGGCGCGUCUGUAAUCGGCAU